AUGAUUUCCAAAAUCCCCUACCUGACCGAGGGUCAAACGACCUUUUUUCUCCUUUGCAACAGAGUCAUCCAGUGGCUGAGCAGCGUAAUUGUCCUUGGAAUUACGUCCUCAUUCAUCAAUGUUGGUCCUCGUGGAUUGACCAUUGUUUAUGUGGAAAUCAUAGAAAGAGAACCAUUAUUCAAUGCUGAUAAAAAGGCUGUUGUUUCCGUGGUUUUAUUCUUGCCUGCCUUUGUAUCACCCUUUUUGACCACACCGAUCAAAGACUUCGUUCUUUUCAUUGAUGUGAUCUUUUCGUAUAUUUGGCUCGCGGCAUUCAUUUUUUCCGCGGUGGACUACAACCAGAACAAUUGCCAUACAAAUGCACCCCCAGGUGCCGCAUGUUCAAAGAAAUGGGCUAAUGAAGCUUUCAUAUUUUUGGUAUUCAUCUUCACAUUCUUUGCACUAUUCCUUGAAGCUUUGUCGCUCUGGCUCGCCGAAAAGAAGCAUCGUAGCUCUUCUGGGUUGCAUGAAAAGAGCAACUUGACCGCCGAGCGGGCCAACGGUGGAAUAAAUGCCAUCAAUCCGGUUCUUGACCAAGACGCCAACCCGGAAGCCACAGGGGCAAAUCAGGUCUGA